AUGCCUGAGUCUCCUUCAUCUCCUCGAAUGGAAACAUUCUCCACUGAACGUUCGGAUAUGGUUUCCAUGUCACGUGCUUUGAGACUUGGUUCGGAUCUCACUCCUCCUGUCCAUAUGCCUUAUGCUUACAUUCAUGAAUUCACAAGAACUUCAAUGGCUGGUAAAAUAAGACGGUUUAAAGGUGGCUACAUGGGAUUCUGGCAGAAAUUAAGCAACUCUCUCCCCAUAGAAGUUCAAUGCAACACAGAAGUAUUAGCCAUCAGAUGCACCUCCUCAAGUGUCUCUGUAGACACCAUGAACAGUAAUAGCAAAGAAGUCAAAACCAUGGAAUUCGAUAAGAUCAUCAUUUCUGGAUCGUUUCCUUUUACAAAUGGAAAAAUAUACAGAUCACCAACCUAUGUACCACAAGAUACUGUCAAUGGGUUGAUGGAUUUGAGUGAUCUUGAGAAGGAGUUGCUUAUGAUUAAUGAUGUUUGUGGGGCACAUGAUGAUCAACAGGAGCUUCCUCACAAUUUCAAGAAGCUGGAAAAAGACGUGUAUACCCCUGAUGUCAUGGCAACAUCUGACUGCAUUCUUGGUCUGUGA